CGGGCUUCGGGUAGCCGCGCCUCCCGCCCCCGCGCCGCCGCCCUAUAUGUUGCCCGCCGCGUCCUCCGGGGCAUGGAGCGCGGCGCCCAGCCUCGGCGAUGGCGGAGGAGCGCCUGCUGGCCGCGCUCGUCUACCUGCAGUGCGCCGCGGGCUGCCUGCUCCUCGGGCUGGACCAGAACAGGAACUCUUCGUACGGCCGCCUGGCGACACCCAGGUGCAGGCUCCGCGUGCCGGCUCGGGUCGCCUGGGCCGUGCAGGAGCUGCCCUCGCUGGCCCUGCCGCUCUACCAGUGCGCCAGCGAGUCCGCCCCGCGCCUCCGCCACGCGCCCAACCGCAUCCUCCUGGCCAUGUUCCUCGUGCACUACGUACAACGGUCCUUAAUUUACCCAUUUCUGAUUCGAGAAGGAACGCCUAUGCCACUGUUUCCAUGUAUAUUGGCAAUCAUGUUCUGUACCAGUAACGGCUAUUUGCAAAGCAGAUACUUAAGCCAUUGUGCGGUGUACGCUGAUGACUGGAUGAGGGAUCCCCGGUUUCUAAUGGGUUUUGGCUUGUGGUUAAUGGGCAUGUUGAUAAACAUCCAUUCAGAUCAUAUCCUAAGGAAUCUCAGAAAACCAGGAGACACUGGAUACAAAAUACCAAGGGGAGGCUUAUUUGAAUACGUAACUGCGGCCAACUAUUUUGGAGAAAUCGUGGAGUGGUGGGGCUAUGCUCUGGCCAGCUGGUCCAUUGAAGGCGCGGCUUUUGCUUUCUUCACAUUUUGUUUUUUAUCUGGUAGAGCAAAAGGGUAUCAUAAGUGGUACCUCCAGAACUUUGAAGAGUAUCCAAAGUUCAGAAAAGUUCUAAUUCCAUUUUUGUUUUAAGUGCAUUUUCAAUGAAAUUAUUGUCAACUUGAAGCUUUCCAAUGCAUUUAUCAGGGACUUUAUAACUAAGUCACAUCUUUGAAAUUUUCCUGCUAAUUCAUCAUUUUCAAGAUGUCCUCUAGGAAUUUUUUUUCCUAGUAAUUUCGCAAGCUAUCUAAAAAGUAGCAUUUUAAAUAAGCUGAAACGAGGCCGGGCACAGUGGCUCACGCCUAUAAUCCCAGCACUUUGGGAGGC